AUGGCCUUCCUCUUCGACAAAGUGCACAAAGCGGUUCACGAGAUCGGUAACGAUCUCAAAGACAAGUUCUCUGAGCAUGGACAGACUCAAAGCGCAGGCGCAAACGAGCAAUAUGAUCAGAGCGGUUACAAUGAGCCCCAUGAGACGCAUCGCUUUGAGAGCUUUGCACCGCACAGGAUUGGAAACGAAGUCAAGUGGUAUGUCGACGGCGCUGGAUAUAUGCAUGCUGUAAGCAUGGCAAUCGAAAGAGCUCGCGAGUCAAUCUGGAUCAUGGACUGGUGGUUGUCGCCAGAGCUGUACCUUAGGCGUCCUCCUGCCCAGAACGAACAGUACCGUGUUGAUCGUAUGCUCGCUGCUGCAGCUGAAAGGGGUGUUCAAGUCAACAUACUCAUCUAUAAGGAAGUCACCCAAGCCUUAACACGUAAGUGCCUGAAUCCCGUUAUACCAGAUUUCCUACAUUCACUACUUCCACGCUCGGUCGAUGGCGUCUCUUCGGCUCUGGUUCGAUUCGGAAUGGACGUAACUUUCAAGUCGUUGGAAAUUCUCGAGGAGACGAAUCCACUAAUCAAUCCACCCAUCACAGUCUCCUCAGCACACACCAAGCAUGCUCUUGAACAACUACACCCCAAUAUUCGCGUGUUCCGUCAUCCUGAUCAUCUUCCGGAUACACAAGUCCUGACUUCGUCGUUUUUGUCAUCUAUACAAGGAAUGAAGGUCACCGCAGCCAAUCUGGCCAAAUUACCUGGCGAUGCCAUCAAGUCUGUCUAUGGUAUGAACGAAGACACUGUCCUAUUUUGGGCCCAUCAUGAAAAAUUAUGCCUUGUCGACAGCCAUAUAGCGUUCAUGGGAGGCUUGGAUUUGUGCUAUGGUCGAUGGGACACCAACCAGCACUCAAUUUCCGACGCCCACCCUAGUGAUCUCAACAAAAUCAUCUUCCCAGGACAGGACUAUAACAAUGCACGAAUCUUAGACUUCAGUGACGUCGCCCACUGGGAUCAGAACAAACUUGAUCGUCGCUACAACUCGCGAAUGGGCUGGUCCGAUUUGUCCAUCUCUCUCAUGGGACCUGUUGUGGAAGACCUUCGCAGACACUUCGCUGAGCGCUGGAACUUUAUCUACAACGAGAAGUACAGAUCUAAGAACGAACAUGAUAGAUAUGGACCUCUUCAUGUCGCGGAAUCCAGAACAGGAAUUGUUCACCAUGAGUAUCCUUCCGCCCCGGGAGCUCCACUUCCUGAGCACAUGCGCGAACGCAUGAUGGAACGCUGGGAAGAAGGUCGCGAACGUAUGGAAGGGUUCAGGGAACAAGUGAGACAUCACUUCCCUGCCGGCGGACACCCUUCAUCACCACCACCCGGAAUGCCUUGUCAAAUCAUGAGAUCAUGCUCAAAGUGGUCGCAUGGCACCAGAACUGAGCACUCAAUCCAAAACGCUUAUAUUGAGGUGAUUCGAAACAGUCACCACUUCAUCUACAUCGAGAACCAGUUCUUUAUUACAGCCACUGGUGAUUCACAACGCCCUAUCAAGAACCAGAUUGGUGCUGCUAUCGUCGAACGUAUCGUCUGUGCUGCACGCGAGGGAGAGCCUUUCCAAGUCAUUGUCAUCAUGCCUGCCAUUCCUGCAUUUGCUGGUGACCUGAAGAGCGACGAAGCCCUGGGCACGAGAGAGAUUCUGGAGCUCCAAUAUGACAGCAUCAACAGAGGUGGCCACAGCAUCAUGGAAAGCAUUGCGAGAGAAGGCGUUGACCCCAUGCAAUACAUUCGUUUCUACAAUCUCAGAAACUACGACCGCAUCAACUCGAGUGGUGCCAUGCGUGAGGCAGAACAGCAAAGUGGUGUGAGUUAUGACGAUGCAAGACAAGAGUACGAUCAGCGUUACGGUGGCUCGAACGAACAAUAUGUCCAAGAGGGUGCUUAUGACAACCAAUAUCAGCAGUAUGAUGGAGGAGCUUACGACGAGCAAGGCGGACAAUACAACCGCUUCCAGCGUUACCAACAGGCCACCCAGAACAUGGGUAAUCAUUCAGGUCUUGGUAGCGGACGCUGGGACUCUGUCGCGGAGUGCUACAUGCUCGGCGGCGAAGACAUUCGUAACGUGCCUUGGGAAGAUGGCACGACCGAUGAGAUGGACGCAUUUGUGUCUGAGCUGCUCUACGUACACAGCAAGCUCUUGAUUGCCGACGACCGAGUCGUCAUCUGCGGCUCAGCUAACCUGAACGACCGCAGCCAACUUGGUGACCAUGACAGCGAGAUAGCAAUCUGCAUCGAAGACCCUCGCGAAGUCGACUCUUACAUGGCUGGUCGUCCCUGGAGGGCAACCGAGUUUGCUGCCAGUCUCCGUCGACAGCUCUUCCGCAAACACCUUGGACUGCUACCCGCACAAGAUUUCACCCGACCUGAUCGCAAUUUCGAGCCUAUCGGCGUACCAAACGCAUAUGACUGGGGCAGUCGUGAGGACGAAGCUGUUGUCGAUCCAUUGAGCUUGGACUUCUUGUCGUUGUGGAACACCACUGCACGCACCAAUACUGAAGCAUUCGAGCGCGUCUUCCAUCCUGUUCCUUCGGACAAGGUUCGCAAUUGGAACCAGUACGAUGAAUACUUCUCGAGAUUCUUCCCUACCGGUAAGGACGCCAAGGAAGAGAAGGGCAAGGACGCGGAGAAGCCUAGCCAGUGGAAGCUUGGUCACGUUGUAGCAGAGGACUUCCCUGGUGGCGUGGCAGAGGUCAAGGAUGUGUUGAGCCAGAUCCGUGGUACGCUGGUCGAGAUGCCACUGCUCUUCCUGAAGGAGGAGGAUAUUGCAAAGGAGGGCCUCACACUCAACGCCAUCACGGAGGAGAUUUACACCUGA